ACAGCUCUCAUGAUGGCGUGCGUGGCGAAGAAUGUGACGGCGGUGCAGCUGCUGCUCGAGCUUGGCGCGAGCAUGAGCGCAGUCAACGCGAGCGGCCUGAAUGCGCUCAUGUGCGCUGCUCGCGUUGGCGCAGACCCGCGCCCUGGUGCGCCUACCGUGGACGAGAUGAUGGAGCGAAGUGCGGCUAUCGUGAAGAUUCUACUCGCGCAUGGAGCCGACGUCAACGCAGUUGAGAAGGCUGGGGGCAACACAGCGCUGCACCUGGCAGUGCUGAGCGAAAACCUGGCUGCAGUUGAGGCGCUGCUAUCGAACGCGCCAGACCUCAACAUUACUCUGCGGAAUGAGGCCAACAACACGGCUCUG